AUGACAGGGUAUCACGGGUUGAUCAGAGCGCAUGGCAUCCUUGCCGCCAUCACAUUCCUCGGUCUUGUACCCGCUGCCAUUAUGCUUGCCCGUUUUUAUGGCAGAUCACCAUUCUGGGCGCUUCGACUGCAUAUCUGGUUCCAGAUACUCACCUUCAUACUAACGACCGUACUCUUUAUACUGGGUUUCUUUGCUGUGGGUCCUGAACGAAGGCUAUCAAACCCACAUCAUGGCAUUGGCAUUGCUAUUUACGUUCUCAUCAUCGUGCAAUUCUUUGGAGGCUGGUUGAUACACAGAAAAGAGAAGGGGAAGCGCCGGUUACAUAUUCCCUUGAAGUUGAUGCUGCAUCAAUGGUUCGGCCGCAUGAUUGCAUUGCUGGGGAUUGUUCAGAUACCACUUGGCCUGACACUCUAUGGCUCACCCCAGCAUCUCUUCAUUCUCUACACCAUAGCAGCGUUCGUAUUAGUGGUGACAUACUUUGUAUUGUCAUGGCUGCACCAACGUCGGCUUAGUCGCGAUUAUGACGCUGGAGGUAGGUACCACGCCGGCCAAGAUGAAGUCAUUGACGAGAGGAGAGAUAAGAGAAGCAGCGGACUAGCGAAAGUAGCCGCCGCGGGUCUCGGCGCAGCAGGUCUCGCAGCUCUAUGGAGAAGGCGAUCUUCAAGAGAUCGACGAGAUGAUGACGACGUGGUUGGAACCGAAAGUGGAACGUCUUAUAUGACCAACGAGAAAUAUUCGGCUAGAUCCGAACAUGGAUGGAGAAGUAAGCUUCUCACGAUAGGGGCCGUAGCAGCGGGUAUCGCAGCUGUGAAAUCUCUUUUCGGUGACAGGCGAGACGACUCGUCGGAUACCGGACCAUACCGUCCGCCACUGGGAGGAAACCAAUCUGUCACCACCGAAUCUUAUAUCGAAGAAGGACGCCCACCGCGACCAGUGACACCCACAGGGGCGUCUCCGGGUUAUGUGCGACCUUCGCAUCCUCUUGCUCAAUCACCGAUGACACCUCACCACCGUCAUUCACAUUCCUCGCUCAGCUACUCUUACACCUCUGGUUCCCCCUCCCGGCGCGACCGCCGGCACACCUUCCGCGAUGCAGCGGCGACAGGUGGAGCACUGUUCGCGCUGCGCCAAAUAUUCAAAAGUCGCCGUCAACGUAAGGAAGACCGACGGCUGGAGGAAGAGAGAAUACAUCGAGCAAAUUCGCAAGGUCAAUAUACGGGUGAUGGGUUCUUGCCAAAGCGCCAUCGUCGAGAUCCGCUGGGCAGUCAAAUCAGCACGGAGUUCUCUGAAAGCGUCAUCGAUGACCGUCACCAACGGCCGAGCGGCAAUGCUACAGGUCCAAUCCUCGGCGGUGUUGGUGCAGCUUCAGCAGCAGCUCUUGCAGACCGCAACCGUAUCCGGCCACCUGGGACUGACCCACUGGUCAUAGCAGGCCCAAGCAACGUACCAAGCAAUAUUCCUCCAAUACCACCUAUCCACCGCACUGACGUGGACUCUUCUGGUAGCGAAGUCUUUACCACCAAUUCUGGUCAUCAACCGCAUCACAGGCACCAUCACCAUGAAGCAGCUGCUGCUGCAAUGGCAGGCGCAGCAGGCUCACGGCGGCGGCAUUCAGGUCGAACGCAGAACACUGACUCAAUGGAAUCACCACCUGUAAGCUUGAAAGUCAAGAUGCACGGCGAUGGGCGACAUGUGACGCUCAGACGUCUAACGGAAGAGGAAGCCGCCGCCCAAAGAGAAGAGAGAAAAAGAGCCAAGCGCGCAUCUGUCCCAGCAGCAGCAGGAAUAGCCAACAGCGGUCGAAGGAGACGCAACUCCUCCUUUUCAAGCUCAUCUGGGGGCGAAGGUGCUGGUGGAAGAAUGUCCAGCGCCGACAGACGCUGGAGGCGGACUGAAGCGCUCGAGCGUCAACAAGCUGAAGCAACGGCCGCCCAACAGCCGCAGCGCCCCCGGUUGCCCCUCCGCCAGUGGGCGCAUAUCAACAACCACCACUCACAACCCAACCACCGCCACCACCGUUACACUACACAACGACAGUCGACCCCCGAACCGGACAACAGUUCAAUGUCCCCCCUCCACCACCCAUACCCACUGGAAGUGGCCUCGGUCCGGCCGGUAGCGUAA